ACUGCGGUGGGACCCAUUUGUAUACAUGUUUAAUACAUGCAGCGUUCUGGCACAGCGAUAAUAAUAACUGUGCUCUGACCUUAAUAAGAUCACCAUGUCCAAAAAGACGUACUAUCAGAGGCGCGAGAGCUUCUCCUCAGAGUACUGCUGUGUUCCUCUGUGUGGAGCCACCGCCAAGUACAACUCGGUGCUCAGCUUCCACGCUUUCCCGUCGGAUGACGAGUUGAGGAAAGCGUGGAUAAUCAAUAUACGACGGGAUAACAUUACAAUAACACCUCAUACUCGGGUCUGCAGCCGACACUUCAGGCCAGAAGAUAUCAAGGACCGAACGGAGUACGGCGGCAGGCGGAGGCUGAUAAAGGGCGCCGUGCCGGUGCUGUUUCAAUGGAACGACUACGGUGUCGGGGGAAGACUCGACGGACUGAAACGACUUGUGCUGGAAACGGAGGAGGAGAUCAUUUCAGUUCUUACAGCUUCCCAUGUUAGUGAUGGUGGUUAUCAUUAUGACACACAGCAGACAAAAGAUAUCAUCUCAGCACGAUAUUACUGGCCUGAUAUGUCGAAUCGCAUAAAAACAUGGGUAGACGCAUGUGACGGAUGUGUAAAAAUGGAUAACGGAAGUUCUGGUUGCGCAACUGGUUAUCUAGAUAGAGCACCCCAAAAAGCCAUCAAUGAUGCAAGAAUCUCAGAAGCAACUCAUGUUGUCAGAGAAGCUCAGGACAUGGAACCUAAGUUCUCAACCACAGCAGACUUCAAGAAGCAGAUGAUGAGCUCUGGAAAUGGAGGCAGUAACCUGCAGUGUCCAUACUGCUACUUCCAGUGCAACACCAAAUGCUCUUUUCAAAUCCAUGUUGGCUCCCAGCAUCCCCUCCACUGUGAAGAUGUAUCUGUGGGCCGCUUGGGUAAAGUUAUUUUCUACCAGCGCACAGCCAAGCUCUUCCACUGCUACAUCUGCUUCUUCACGUCCAAAGACUACAGCAAGUUGUUCGACCACCUGUUGGUCCAGCACAGCUUCUCUGGCAAAGCACUACGGAAGGAUGAAGCUUUGGGGUUAAAGCAGAAAUCUGACGAAGCCAAGGAAAGCUGCAGAGCCAGUAAGGACAGCAAAGAUUCAGAUUCAUCUGAGGUUGGACAUGGGGAAGGAAGUGAGCGGGACAAGGUCCCUAGUCCCAAGAUGCAACCCGACAGUUUGAUGGAUGUAGACACUCUUAAAACAGAAGAAGGACAGAGCAUUGAAGGGGGAGCUUCGAACGGAUCAAACGAAGACUCCAACUUUUCCAGCAGCUUGUUAAAGAGGAAGCGGAGCUCUGCGUCUUGCAGCGAAGAUGACGACGACGAAGAGGAGGACGAGGACGAGUUAGACAGCAGCCAGGCAGCUAAAGAGGAGAAAAAUGCUGCAGUCAUGAAAUACACUGAACACUUGAGCACGCGCUAUUACUACUGCAAGUUCUGCAAGUGGCGCUCCAAGAAGAAAGGCUUUUUACUGUACCACGUCAGCCAGAAGCAUGACGUCCCCAAGCCGCAUGCCUGCAAAGAGUGCAAGAAGACCUUCAUGCUGGAAACCCUGCUGACCAAACAUGUUAAACUGUUCCAUAAACAAGGGUUGUACCAGUGCCCGUUCUGCCCUUUUGAGUCCAAUUUCCUUCGAGGGAUCCGCCGUCACCUCAAUAACUGUAGAGGAGAGGAGGGGGGUGAGAUUGAAGGACACAUGGAUACUGAAGAAAAGGAAUGAGGGUGGCAAUUGGAGAAUGUUGGAAUAGGGUGCUUAUAGAUCAUUGAGCUUUGGCUUAAAUUGAAAUUCCUUCUUUACUCUUAAAAAAAUUAAGGUGCCAAAAAGGGUUCUUUGGAGUGAUGCCACAGAAGAACGUCUUUGGUUCAAUGAAGAACGUUUCAGUGGAUUAUUCUUCAUGGAACAGUAUUUAACGAAUGAGAUUUUUUUUUUAACAUUUCAAGAACUUUUUAAACUUUGUUGUUCAUGUUGCCAGUAUUUUUGAACACUACAUCCUAGUAAAUGUCUUUUAUACUGCAUUGUUCGAAUGGAAACCUAUGGGAGCUAUGGACUUGUUUCAACACCUUUACAUGAGGUGGUGAAACGUCUUCACUCAAAAACAGAGAAAGAAUCAGUAGUGUUUUAAUUCAAUUGCCAGUGAUACUGCCUUAGUGAAGUGUUUUAGUAUAUGGGGUUUUAUUGGUAUUAUCUUCAGCUGUAAUAAGAAAGUCAAGGAAUCUACUCACAAUAGCAUUUUGCUGUUUUAAGAAAAAAGCUAUUAUACGUAUGUACACAGUUCAUUGACAAUGGUUAUAUAACCUUAAUAGAUAUUUGUAGUUGAUAAAGGUUGAUCGCCUUUGCCAGACAUUGUUUGUUAUUGUUGUAGCCCUUCUCAUCGUUUUGGGGGGCAAAACUGCCUUUUUUUCUCUCUCUCUCUUUUUUGUUUUACAGGGUCCAUAUCAUGGAAGACCAAAUGGGGAUUUUUUUUCUUUGUUUUGUUUGUUUUUUAGAUAGAAUAAUGUAAUACAGAAACACUUUCAGAAGGUUUCAAAAGGUACCAUACACUCCUCAGUCCAUAAAUGAAGGCCAAGCUGCAAAAACAGCCCAUUUUGGGUUCACUGUUUUCGUGAUGUCACGAAAACCAGCACAUUUAGUAGUAUGCACAAGUUUCCUGGAUAAUUUACAUGUUGAUUUCCUCUAUGAAAAUUAGUACACAUCAUCUACACUUCUGCACAUUGUGUUUUAUUUUGCUGAACUCAGUAUAACAAUAUAACUAUAUAAUAUACCAAAUGGUAAAUAUGCCACAUUUAUUUGGCAUGUACAAAGGUUGUGGCACAUUUAAUGUAUUUUAUUUUUCCAGUGUGUUAAAGCUCAGCAAACAGGUUUA